UUAAUGACCUACAUUUACUAUAUUAAUUUUAUUAAUUAUGUAUAAAUAGUUCUACGCACAUAUAUAAAAUUUUCAUUAGUAAUUAUAAUCUAACCGUUAGAAGUCCAAAGCCAAUGAAGUUUAUAAUUUUAGUUGUUAUUAUUGCAUUUUAUAUAGUCAAUAGUAAUGCAUUCGUUAUACAAACCAAUAAUACCGAGCGCGUGGUUGGUGGUCGUGAUGUACCCAAGGGAGAAUUUGUACCCUAUCAAGUUUCUUUACAAUAUUUUAUGCAAUCGAAAAAUUAUAAACAUUAUUGCGGUGGUUCUAUUAUAUCGAAAAAUCUUGUUUUAACCGCUGCCCAUUGCUGUGACGGACUACAAGUGCAGAGAAUGUUCGUAAGAGCUGGCGUACGCGAUUUAAGCGAAAAUCAGGGCAAACGUUAUGCAAUAGCAUUCUAUAAGAUUCAUCCAAAUUACAAAGAAUUUGAAUCGAGUGAUAUAGCAAUUAUAAAAAUUACAAAUAAUUUUGACUUAAAUAAUAUUAGUAUGGCGGCUAUUGAUGUGUUUAGUCCCAACAGAAUUGCGGGUAAUGUUGAAGUAACUUUAACCGGUUGGGGUCUUCGUUUACCCAUACAACUUCCUAUAUUUCAAAGUCAAUUGCAGAAUUUAAACUUUCCAACGGUAUUGCAAACAAUGAGUUAUAGUACAAUUUCGGAUUGGGAGUGUAGAAAUAAGGGUAUAGAUCGUUUAUCGAAAACUGAAAUUUGUGCUCAGGGGUUUUUGUUGAAAGGUGCAUGUGUGGGCGAUUCCGGUGGACCUUUAGUGAGAUUUGAAGGCAAUCGACUGCAACAAGUGGGUGUAGUUUCAUAUGGUUUCUUUGUAUGUGGUGUUUUUGAUGUACCCGAUGUUUAUACAAGAGUUUCUGAGUUUUCCAAUUGGUUGCAAGAAAAUAUAGCCAGAAAUUCCUAACGAAAUCUUUAUAUUAAAAUUUAAAUUAUUUUUCGUUCCAAUCGUUGGAUAUUGUAAUGCAAAUCGUUGUUUAAUUUUUUUUAACAAAAACUAUAUUGUUAAUUUAAUAAUAAAAAUAUGAUAUUAUUAAAAUAAUAUUAAGUGAAAAAUAUUAAUCAUCUUGCACUUCUUCAGUUACAUUAUCAUUUAUGGGUUCUGUAUCAACAUUCACCUCAUCAAUAUGAUCGUCUUGUUUAUCUUCAUGUGGCUUUUCUUCAUAACGACCUUGCUGAUCAACUGGAUGGGCCGUCAAUGAAAGAUUAGAAGCUGGAGAACAGGGAUCUUGUAACUUUGAAGCAAAAUAUAUGUUUUAUAAACUAAUAAAAUUGUUUUCUUUGUGUACUUAU